GAGAGACUGGGAUUGACUGGGAUCCAUUUUAGAUCCACUGGGAUAAAAAAUCCCCCUGGAAUUGGGACAUUCCCGUCAGGAUCCAGAACCUUCCAUGUGAAAUCCAGAACAUUUCAAAGGGAUCCAGAACAUUCCAUGGAAUUCCAGAACCUUCCAAAGGGACCAAGAAUCUUCCAAAGGGAUCCAGAAGAUUCCAAAGUAUCCAGAACAUUCCAUGAGGGACCGAGAUCCUCCCUGGGGAUCCAGAACCUUCCAGAGGGAUCCAGAACAUUCCAAAGGGGAUCCCAGUGGAUCCCAGAACAUUCUGUGGAAUUCCAGAACAUUCCAGAGGGACCAAGAACCUUCCAAAGGGAUCCAGAACCUUCCAUGGAAUCCCAGAACGUUCCAAAGGGAUCCAGAACCUUCCAUGGAAUUCCAGAACGUUCCCAAGGAUCCAGAACAUUCCAGGGGGAUCGAGAACUUUCCCUGCAGAUCCAGAACAUUCCAGAGGGGAUCUCAGUGGAUCCAGAACCUUUAAUGGAAUUCCAGAACAUUCCAGAGGGACCAAGAACCUUCCAAAGGGAUCCAGAACCUUCCAUGUGGGACCGAGAUCCUCUCUGGGGAUCCAGAACCUUCCAAAGGGAUCCAGAACAUUCCAUGGAAUUCCAAAACCUUCCAGAGGGACCAAGAACCUUCCAAAGAGAUCCAGAAGAUUCCAAAGUAUCCAGAACAUUCCAUGAGGGGCCGAGAUUCUCCCUGGGGAUCCAGAACCUUCCAGAGGGAUCCAGAACAUUCCAAAGGGGAUCCCAGUGGAUCCCAGAACAUUCUGUGGAAUUCCAGAACAUUCCAGAGGGACCAAGAACCUUCCAAAGGGAUCCAGAACCUUCCAUGGAAUCCCAGAACCUUCCAAAGGGAUCCAGAACGUUCCAAAGGAAUUCCAAAACUUUCCAGGGGAUCCAGAACAUUCCAUGGAAUUCCAGAACCUUCCAGAGGGAUCAAAGCUUCUCCUGCAGAUCCAGAACGUUCCAGGGGGUUCCAGAACAUUCCAUGGAAUUCCAGAACAUUCCAAUGGGACCAAGAACCUUCCAAAGGGAUCCAGAACAUUCCAUGUGGCACUGGGACCAUUCCUGUGGAUCCAGAACCUUCUAGAUGAACCCAGAACACUCCAAAGGAUUCCCAGACCAUUCCAGAAGAUCCAGAACAUUCCAUGGAAUUCUAGAAACUUCCAGAGGGACCAAGAACCUUCCAAAGGGAUCCAGAACCUUCCAUGGAAUUCCAGAACCUUCCAGAAGGGACCAGGAUCGUUCCUGUGGAUCCAGAACUUUCCAGAGGGAUCCAGACUCCUGCUGCUGAUCCAGAACAUUCCAGAAAAUUCCAGGAGUUUUUUCCAGGUGCUUCCCAAGGGAUUUCUGAACUUUACAGAGGCAUCCCAGAAUUCCAGAGGAUCCCAGAACAUUGCAGAGGAUUC